AUGGUUCUGAAGUUUCUUCAAGUCACUUCCAUGCAAUUAAUAUAUCGUGUUGUUGUUCUUGUCCGUGACCCCUCUUGCAUAUGUCGUCCACGAACUUUCAUUUCUUCUUUAGCAACUUGUCACCCUGGAGACGAAGCUAGCAACUUUUGGCGUAAAGAACAAUCUCAAGAUCUUUCGAGAUAUGUAGACACUCUUACUGCAAAAAUUGGCAAAGGAAGCAGCGAGGAAGACAUUCUCCUGUCUCUAAUCAGUGAUGAAGUUGUAAAUGGUAUUCCUCCGUCUCAAAAUCUUGUUAAUAGAUUAUUAUGUCGGUAUAAGGAUGAUUGGAAGUCUGCAUUGGGGAUAUUCAAAUGGGCUAGUUCGCAUGCACACUUUAAACAUUCUCAAGAAUCAUAUGAUAUGAUGAUUGAUAUAUUGGGUAGAACGAAGGUAAUGGGAAAGAUGAGAGAGAUCUUAGAAGAGAUGCGUCAAGAGAGUCUCGUCACCCUCAAUACUAUAGCCAAAGUAAUGAGAAGAUUUGUUGGGGCAAAACAGUGGAAAGAUGCUGUGAGGAUAUUUGAUGACUUACAGUUUCUCGGCUUGGAGAAGAAUACAGAAUCCAUGAAUGUGUUGCUUGAUACUCUCUGCAAAGAGAAAUUUGUUGAGCAAGCUCGGGAAAUUUACUUGGAACUGAAGCGUCACAUUGCUCCAAACGCUCACACGUUUAACAUAUUGAUUCAUGGAUGGUGCAAAAUCCGACGUGUUGAGGAGGCACUUUGGACAAUCCAAGAAAUGAAAGGUUACGGCUGUCGCCCUUGUGUUAUAAGUUAUUCCACCAUUAUCCAAUGUUAUUGUCAAGACCAGAAUUUUGACCGGGUCUAUGAACUUCUUGAUGAAAUGCAAGCUCAAAAUUGCUCUCCUAAUGUGGUCACUUAUACUACUAUCAUGUGUGCAAUGGCAAAAGCAGAAAAAAUCGACGAAGCUUUGCAAGUAGUUGAUAGAAUGAGCUCUACUGGAUGUAGGCCUGAUACUCUUUUUUACAAUUCCUUCAUCUAUACAUUGGGGAGAGGAGGCAGAAUAGAUGAUGCUAUGCAUGUAUUCAAAGUUGUGAUGCCGAAGGCCGGUGUGACCCCAAAUACAUCCACCUAUAAUUCAUUGAUUUCUAUGUUUUGUUACUAUGCACAAGAGGAUAGAGCUUUUGGCAUUCUGAAGGAGAUGGAAGAGUCUGGCCUAUGUAAGCCUGAUAUUCAGACUUAUCAUCCAUUGAUCAAGUCAUGCUUUAAAAUGAGGCAAAUAGAUAGUUUACUGAAUGAUAUAUUAAAUGACAUGAUAAAUAAAUAUCAUAUUGGUCUUGACCUUUCAACCUAUACACUGCUAAUUCAUGGGCUUUGUAGAGCAGAUAGAUGCAAGUGGGCGCUUGAUCUGUUUGAGAAGAUGAUCGAUCAAGAUAUCCUACCUAUGUACAGAACUUGCCGUUUGCUCUUGGAUGAAGUCAAACAGAAAAAUAUGUAUCAAGCUGUUGAAAAAAUUGAGAUUCUUAUGAAGAAACUUUAA